AUGAGAGCAAUCCCAGGGCGGCGGGGAGGAGUAGAAUCCACCCCAUCUCCUUACUUCCCCUUCUCCCAGAAACUUCCACCGGCGGUCCUCGACGCUUCUUUCUCCUCCUACCUCCAGCCCGGCAGCAACCCAAUCGACGAUUCCGCCGAGAUCAGCAUUUUCGACGCCACCAAGUACUUCAACAGCGAGGCUGAGAAUCCCAAGCUCGGUAUUAACAGAGUAUCCCCUGUUGUUGCUAAUGGUAAUAGCAAUAACUCCGCUGUCGUCGUUUCCGAGCCGCCCCGAUUCUCGUCCGCUUCCUCGUCGGUGGAUGGGUACGGAUACGCCAACCGGGCCUACCGUACCGGGUCGUUCCACGCCACGCCGACGGCUUCGUCGGAGGCCAGCUGGAACAGCCAGACCGGGCUGCUGUCGAACCCGCCGGGGGCCUUGGCUGUGUCGGUGAGGCACCCCCAAGGCUCCGUCGCCGAUGAUCAGAGGAAGAGAGGGUCGGCGAAGAGAUGGAUUCUUGGACGGAGGUGCCCUUGCUCCGGCAAGAAGUCGGUUCAGGUGGAGGAGAAGAUGUCGGAACCCAGAACUCCGAUGUCCCAUUUAGCUCCGAAUAACAGGGUAACGGUGAGUGCGAUGGUGAAGAGGCAGGGGAGUAAUAGUAAUGAUCACAGCAAUAAUAACAUCCCGAAAAUCCCUAAUUCGUUCCCGGGUCGGGUCGAGAAGAGCGAUUGCAGCUCCGCCCCGAGUUCAAUUGAUUGGAUGGAGCGACGGGAGAUUGAAAUCCCUAAUUCUGUACGGAGGAUCUCGGCGGAGACUACCAGGUUCGGUAGCCACCACCGCGUCGUCCUGCCGCCGAAUUCCACCGAAGGGAAUUCGAUUGGCGGCGGAGGGGGAUUCACUUUCCCGAUUCUGAGCCAAUCUGCUGCGGCGGCGGCCCCGCCGGUUAAAUUGGUGCUGAAGCCGAAGCUGUCGAUCCUCGAGGACCCGCCGCGGGAGUCUCUGGAGGUGUUCCGCCCGGCGGAGGAGGUGAUUGUCGGCGGCGGCAAUUCAGCGGUGAAGUCGCGAAUGACGGCGGCGGCGACGGACGACGACAUGGCGAGCGACGCCAGCUCGGACCUCUUCGAGAUCGAGAGCUUCUCCACGCAGACGACGUCGUACCAGCUCAACGGGAGCAACCGCCGUGACUCGAUGGAGGACGCGUCGACGUUCAACGCGCGGAGAUUGAGCGGAAUCGGCGGGGGAGGAGGAGGGGGCGCGUACAGGGAGCGCGUGGAAGAGGAAGAGGAGGAGAACGAGGAGGAGGCGGCGGCGACGGAGUGUUACGAGCCGAGCGAGGCGAGCAUCGCGUGGAGCGUGGUGACGGCGGAAGGGUUCGACAGGGCGAGCGUGACGAAUUACUCCGUAACGGCGUCGGAGGCGGACGAGGUCAGGUUCAUGAUGAUGAGGCAGGUGGAGCCGUCGGCGGAGACAGCGAGGAACGGCGGCGGCGGCGGGGGAGGGUUGUUGAGCUGUCGGUGCGAGAAGGCGGUGAGCGUGGGGCCGCAACCGAUGAGGACUGGUGGAGGAGGAGAGGGACAGCGGGGUGUUAAUAUGGCGGCGGGGCAUGUGAAUGGCCGGGCGGCGGCGGCGAUGAAUAGUAGCCAUAAGAAGCCACCGCUUGCGAGGUCUCAUUCUGCUCGAUUGUCUCUGCCCUUUGCAGCAUAA